AUGCCUUCCUACAAGCUUCGAGAGUUUGUGCCCAUCUCCCCGACGACGACACAAGAGCUGCAACAGACUCUCUGCGGUCUCCCAGAGGAUGACACUGAGGACGAUGUUGACAUUUGGCCUCCGCCCCAUAUUCCGCAGCGCUUCUGGACAUGGUGCAAGGCUGACUUUCUCACUCCUGUGGAUGCUGAGUAUUUGCGAACUUUUAAGGCUAUGCUGUUGGAUAAAUAUAGUCCCGAUGAUUUAAAGUACUAUUAUAUUAAUGGUGAGUGA